AUGGCUGGUGUCGGGGAAGCGCUCGUGUCCGUAGUGCUCAAGGAGGUGUUGCGCAACCUGGGAUCUGCUGUCGGGGAGCAGAUCAAGGCGCGAUGGAAGCUAGAGCAAGACAUGGAGUACAUCAAGUGCACGCUGGUGGUAGUGCAAGCGGUACUCAAGGAUGCCGAGAGGCGGUCCGUGAGGGAGGAACCGGUCAGGCUGUGGCUCAAAAUGCUCAAGAAUGCCGCCUACGACAUAUCCGAUAUGCUCGAUGAAUUUGAAAUCAAAUUGUCACAGGGGACAAUCUCUAGCUUUGUUGCAAAGUUUUCUAUGGGUAAAAAUCUGAAGAAUAUGAGAGAAAAGCUAGCAGACAUAGCAGCACAGAGGACACAGUUCGGAUUCAUGCUAGACGCCUGUUCAAUAGACGAGGAAGAGAUCAAGAAGAGACAAACAACAUCAAAGAUCAAUAGAGCAACUAUUGUUGGAAGGCACAAAGAGAAGGAGGAAAUUGUAACAUUGUUAAACUUAGAUGAUGAAAAAGAAACACUGUUUCGAUUUGAGAGCAUGGGUUUUGUGUCUCCACAUUUUGAUCUAAGAAUGAUUGGGAAGAGUAUAAUUUCACAGAUCAAAGGGCAGGUUGACUGUUUAGAUGAUCUACAGGCAGUAAGUAAUUGUCUUGAAGAGACACUGGAUGGCAAAAGUUGCUUGAUUGUUUUGGAUGACCUAUGGGAAAGCAAUUGCUUUCGGUUGGGUGAAUUAAUGUUGAUGUUAAGCAGCUUUAAGAAGGAAAGUAUGGUUAGGGUGAUUGUAACAACACGGAAUGAAGAAGUUGCAAGGAACAUAGGUACAGUCGCUCCAUACAAGCUGAAGCCACUGUCUGAUGAUUAUUGUUGGGCAUUGUUCAGACAGAUUGCUUUUCAAUCUGGUUGCACUUUAGGAGAAGGCGAUACGGAUGCGCUGGAAAGCAUAGGGCAGACAAUUGCAAAGAAGUGUAAAGGAGUGCCAUUAGCAGCUCAAGCUCUUGGGUUCAUGCUGCGCACUAAAGAUGUCCGGGAGUGGGAAAAUAUAAGAGAUAGUGAGAUUUGGGAGGGACCAUCCACAGAUGAUGUACUUCCAUCGCUGAAACUUAGUUAUUACCAUAUGCCUCCUUACUUGAAACUAUGCUUUUCCUAUUGCUCAGUGUUUCCUAAAGGUUGUGAAAUACAUAGGGAUAAUCUAAUUCAACAGUGGAUAUCCCUUGGGUUCAUUCAUUCCAAUUCUAGGAAGGAUUUAACACUCGAGAAGAUUGGAGAAAACUAUGUAAAUGAACUUUUGGGAAUGUCCUUUCUCCAAUACUCUAGGAUAACAUCCUUGAUUACGAAGGACACAAAGAAUUGUAUGCUGCUUAGCAUGCACGACCUAAUUCAUGAUCUUGCAAGAUCUGUUAUGGAUGAUGAGCUACUACUCAUGGAUGGAAAAAAGGACUGCGAUUCUGAAUAUGGCAAUUACCGGUAUGCAUUAGUAGUCAAUUGCCCAAGGCAAACAGCUUCAUGCAGUGAUGUUCCUGCUAAGUUAAGAGCUUUGCAUGUUUUUGAUUGUGGUGAAAUUCCGAUGUCAUUGUAUAGUAAAUCCUUGCGUGUACUGGAUUUAAGCAAGUGCUCCAAUGGGAACCUACCAGCUUAUAUUGGCAAAUUGAAGCAAUUGAGGUAUCUUUCUGCUGUUGGCAUGCAACAUGAACAGAUUCCUGAGCAUGUCACUGGCCUUUCAAACCUGAUCUAUUUGAACCUAAGUGGGUCUCCAAAAAUUUCAAAGCUGCCAGACUCAGUAAACAAACUCAGAAGCUUGCUACAUCUAGACCUGUCUGGAUGCUGUGAACUUUGUUCAUUACCAGAAUCAUUCAGUGACCUGAAGAAUCUCUCACAUUUGGAGCUGGCACAUUGUUCUGCUCUUUAUUCUUUGCCGAAGUCCUUCGGAAGGCUAAGUGAACUUCAGUAUUUGAACCUGUCUGGAUGCUGUGAGCUUUGUUCAUUACCAGAAUCAUUCAGUGACCUGCAGAACCUCUCACAUUUGGACCUGGCACAUUGUUCUGCUCUUUAUUCUUUGCCGAAGUCCUUCGGGAGGCUAACUGAACUUCACUAUUUGAACCUGUCAUGUUGCUUUAAACUAAAUCUACUGGUUGGCAUGGAGAAUAUAUGUUGUGUUACUAGCCUACAGUAUCUAAACCUGUCCCGUUGUCCAAGUCUCAUCUAUCUACCUGAAUCUUUAAGCAAUCUAAAGAAUCUCCAGACUUUAGAUCUCUCAGGAUGUCAGUGGAUAGAGAAUUUUCCACAAAGUUUAUGUGAAAUUACCAGCCUCAAAUUUCUGCUAAUACAAGGAUGUUCGCCCUGGUUGCAAAAGCGUGUCAGGGAGUCUCAGUUCAAAAAUGAUAUUCUGACAUUGCCCAAGUUUAUUGUUCAAAGAGAAACGUUUGGGAUGUGUAGCAAUAUUUCACGGCUACAAUCUGUAUAUCCAGCUGAACUAGAAAUUGAGUGCCUUGAAAAUGUGACAUGUAUUGAAGAAAUUGAUGCAGUAAAUUUGGCAGCUAAAUCAACACUAUACAAUUUGACAAUGGCAUGGACACCUGCAGUUGAACGCUUUGUGGAGGAUGAAGCAUUGCUGCAAAAUUUACAGCCUCCUGAAAGUCUAGUUACUUUGAAAAUACAAAGCUACAUGGCAACUUCCUUUUCUGGAUGGAUGAUAGACUUGGCGUCUUGUCUACCAGAUCUUGUUCGCAUUGAGAUGAAACUGGGAGUGGAUAUUUGUGGUGGCAAUGGAGCAUUUAAGAAACUAAGAGAGCUUACCUUGGCUAAUCUUGGUAACCUCGAGGAGUGGGUCACCAAAGUUUCAGCAAAGGGUGAGUUUAUGUUCCCUAGCCUUUACAAGUUGGAAAUCUGUCAUUGCCCUAAGUUAAGGUUGAAGCCAUGCCUUCCUAGGGCAAAUGAAUGGAGAAUAGAAGCAAGUGAUGGAGUUGUAGCAAGUCAAUAUGAUGCAGCCUCAUCAUCCUCUUUGAUGCUAUCAAAACUGCAUGUUAGAAGUUGCCGACUUCUGCCCAGCAAAUGGGCACUGCUUCAAUUUAUCCCCACUCUUGAGGUAUUGGAAAUCUCAAAUUACCACUGGCCGACAUUGCCAGAAGGCAUUCGUUUUCUGGUAUCACUCCGAUCACUGCAGAUAGAUGGCUGUCAUAGUGUGGAGCUAUCAGAAGAACUGAGAAUCCUGUCAUCACUGCAGGAACUCAUUAUUUCUGGCUGCACUAGACUAAGGACUCUGCCUGAAUACGUACUGACAUUUACUGCUCUGAAGAAAUUGGAAAUCAAUGAUAAUGACGCAUUGCAAAGAUGGUUCAGGGGCCAUUAUAACUGGAUCAGGCAUAGCGACAUAAAAGAUAAGAUUUAUUUUGAUGGCAAGUUGAUGAAACAUUCACCUGAGGAUGACCGCAAAGCCAGCAUCUGGGAGGGAAGCAAUAGCCCUGCAGAUACAAAAGAAUGGGGUCAAGAUGAAGAUCUUGAAUAUUUUACCAUGUAUGGAUAUGGUGAAUCAUCACGGGCGGGGCGCUGA